AUGUCAGAAAUGAUGGGCAGGUCCAAGGACGACACUGGCAAGGACAAAGUGUCCGUCCAGAACACAAAUGGGUUAAUAAAACCUUGGAAAUUGUUGAAGAAGGCCGUCCGUGGUAAAGCGCAGAAGCCCAAUAAGUUAGAGGUUUCACAUCCACCGCUGGAAGAAGAAGAAGAAGAGCAGACUGGAAGAAAAGCAGACUCAGAUGAGACGUUGUCAUCCAGGGUAAAAAGAUCAGUGAGUGUGGUCCAGAAUAAUUUGAGAAGUCCCACGAGUUUUUUCAGUGGAAAACGACCUUCUUUGGCAGAUGGCAAGCAGCCUCCAGUCGUGAUCUCCACAUUUAAGCAUCACCUUGACAAAAAGCAGUGGUGUGAGGCCAGCCAGCUGUUAAUAAACAAGGAGAAAAAUUUGUUUGGGAAUAUAACAGAGGAAGAGGAUCUUAGUUACGACAAAGAAGAAGAACAAAAGCUCGCUGCAGACUACGAGGCCCUUGAAAAGCUCGUAAUGGAGACCGUGGUGGAGACUCUGUCUAUCAGUCUUCAGGAGGUCGACGACAUCAACGAGUCGGUGUCUGCUCAUGCCUCAGCUCUGACGUCCGCCGUGAAGGUCAUCAUGCAGGAGGAGGAGCAGGACCAGAUGUGGAAAACCAGUUGUCAGACAGUGCCUUCAUGGAGGCCCUGCAACUGGAGGAAGACCCACGACUCAAAGCUUCAGGACUUGGUUGAGGAGCGUAUGAAUAGCUCCCAGACACCCACUGCUAACCAAGCGGAGCAGUCGUCCAUCCAGACCGACGUCCAGAACAUGGGCAGGCAGCUGAAGGAGGACCUGCUGCUGGUGGUGAAGCUGGUGAAGAGCUGCUACCCCCCUGAGAUGGACAUCUGUAACUUUUAUGCUAAACUUUACCACCAAGUCUUCAGCACCAGACUCAGAACGAUUGCAGAGUCUAGACUGGAUGACAAGGACUGCACUUUCCUCCUGCGCUAUGUGAAUGAAUGUUAUCCAAGCAUCUUUCAAGACCCAGAGCUGGCCUCAGAGAUCAAUGUGGAAUCGCUGGGAAAGCUGCUGCCUCAAGAGUUACUGGUACCUCUGGAGAAACAAUAUCUGGACAAUCAAGAGGCUGAGCUGAAGACUUUGAUGGAACGAAUCGUGGACAACGCAGUGGAAGAGUGGAAAAAAGGAGAGGAGCCAAAAAGAGAAGAUGGCUGCUACGUCAGUCAUGUGGCCUAUGACAUCAUCCAGUUCAUUAAUGAUAUGGUGAAAGCAGCAAAGGUAAUUGUAGGAGACCUGCACAAGGCCCAGGAAAUAACACGUCCCGUAUCAGACUCCAUGCAGAGGUACAAAGUCUUUCAGGAAGACAUCAUCAAGCAGAACAAGCCCAACAGCACGGUGUUCAUUAAAGCAAACCUCAGCUGGAUUAAAGACUUCAGGUACGUCCUGGACAAAAAGAGUCAUCUGUUCCAAGAAGAAGUACAGAGGAGCUGUUUGGAUGUGAUAACCAACAUGAAACAAUCUGCACACAUGUAUUUACUGAGCCCUGUGCACAAGAACCUCAAGACACAGUACCAGAAGCUGGGAACGAAGGACUGGCUGAACAACAACGAGUUUGAUAAGCUGCUGCUCAGCAUCGAAAAGGAACUUCAGGAGCUUCAGGGCCCCAAUCAGUCCUGUUACCAGGAGCUGAUCGGCCAGCUUCACCAGGAAGUGACGGAGGAAUACGUCAGGAGGCUGCUGAAAGGAAAAGUCAAACUGAAGGACAAGGAACAGCAGCAGGAUGCCUACGACACUUUGAUAGACGAUGCAGAGAGUUUACACAACCUGUUCAAGAAAAUGGGGUCACAGAACGACUGGUUAAAGGAAAUCCUGACCAAGAUUGCAGAAGUGCUGCGGCUCCAGGACAUCCCCGCCAUACAGAUGGAAAUAGCUGAACUGAGAACUGCUCAUCCUGACCACAGUGAGGAACACAUCGCAGCUUUGCUCAAACUCAAGAACCUCAAGAACCAAGACAGAGAGAACAUCACAGAAACUGCAUUGGAGACUAUGGAAGAAAUACCUGUUAACCCUGAUGCCCGGAAUUUUUUCUCCAGAGUGCCUCUGAAAUCAGAGGAUCAAGCAACCUGUUUUUGUUACAAGAUCUUCUAAAAUCUGUUUGAAAUUUUUAGUUUUGGUGCUUUGAACCCACAAAGGGCAACAGACAUGUUGCUCUAAGAUUGCUUUUUUGUUUUCCAUCGCUUUGGUUUUGAAAACUACUUCACCUGCCAAGAGUGGUGAAGACUCUCUUUGGGGCAACUGGCCGGCCUCGACCUCGCAUCACUAAAGAAAAAUAUCUGCCACAUUACUCAGGUUGGAAAUUAAAACUGUGAUAGCUGCAGAAUUUGAACCAGUAAAAUUUGAAUUAACUGCAUUUAAAAGUGAAGUGGCUAAAAAAAAAAAAAAAAUGCUACGGCAAUUAUAAAUAUUGGAGAAAUGCUCGGACAUAGAGGGAAGGAUGAGGCGUUCAAACAUGUGAAUACUGAAUAUUCCAGAGACGUCGGGCUCCAGCAACCCAACACCAGUCUCAAAACUACUGAGAGAUCCAAUCGUAUAAUUACACAAAAUGUAUUUGUUUUUUUGUUUUUUUGUUAUUGUUGUUGUUUAUAUACCUAUAUUAUAUUAUAUUAUAUUAUAUUAUAUUAUAUUAUAUUAUAUUAUAUUAUAUUUUACCACAUUAUAUUCUCUUAUAUUAAUGUUGAGACCUGUGCAUAGACAAGGCCUCAAAUGUUUAGCAGCUGAUUCAUUUUAGUUUUUUUUUCUUUUAUUGCAUCUUGUAAUGCGGUUAUUCUCUGAGUAUUUAGUCGACCAUCGAAUCCAUAAACUUUUAUCCACUUAUCUAGAUGUUUUAUUUUAUCAGUGCCCUGUCUUCUAUAAACUUCCAAUCUUUAGACUGCA